AUCAUCAUUAAUUGAAAAAAAAAAAAAAAAAAGGUUUCAACGAAAAAGAAAACAAAAAAGUUGAAUACAUCACCAAUUUUUCAACAUUGACUUUUCAACCUUUUCCCAGUUGUUUGUUCGGUAACAUAGUUAAUCUAAGUGGGUUGCAAUCCUGUUUCGUCUUUGAUUCUCUUUUGCAUUUCCUUUUAUUUUACCCUUCUGAUCUCCUUUUUCUUUGUUGUAUCCAUUGUUGUUUAUUCAAUCUAAUUUUCUUUUCGUUUUUCUGUCUUACCUGGUAUCUUUAUUUCAUUUAAACACUGGAACUUGGUAUAUUUUGGUUUUUUUCCUUUGAUUCUUUUUAUUUUUUCCCAAAUUUUGAUCUUACUCUAUUUGUUUUUCUUUAUUUUUUUGUUCUCUUUUUUCAUCUUUUACGAUGGCUUCUCAAAUACUUCAUCCCACGGUCCCUACCCAUCCUGUUAUAGUAUCAACUCCUUCGUCAACUCCAUCUUCUGUUCCUUCAAAUAACAUAUCUUCUGCAUCAAAUAAUAUCCCAUCAACAAUGCCUGCUUCAUCCCACUCAAGGUCAAAUAGUGUUCAUUCAACAUCAUCUGCAGUAACCAAUGGCUCCAUUAACGCCAGUAACCCCACCAUAACAACUUCAACUUCAAAUAAUCAAAACCCCAAUUAUAAUAUAAACGCUAAAAGAAUUCAUAGAGAAGUUAGAUUUGGUUCUUAUAUCUUAGGUUCAACUUUAGGUGAAGGAGAAUUUGGUAAAGUUAAAUUAGGUUGGCGUAAAGAUGGUAAACAACCAAGUCAGGUUGCAAUCAAAUUAAUUAAACGUGAUACUAUCAUGAAAGAUUCUGAACUGGAAAUUAAAAUUCAUCGUGAAAUUAACUCUUUAAAAUUAUUAAAUCAUCCAAAUAUUGUAAAUUUAGUUGAAGUUAUGAAAAGUGGUAAAUAUAUUGGUAUUGUUCUUGAAUAUGCAUCUGGUGGUGAAUUAUUUGAUUAUAUUUUACAUCAUAAAUAUUUAAAAGAAAAUAUUGCCAAAAAAUUAUUUGCCCAAUUAGUUAGUGGUGUUGAUUACAUGCAUUCAAAAGGUUUAAUUCAUCGUGAUUUGAAAUUGGAAAAUUUACUAUUAGAUAAACAUAAAAAUGUCAUCAUUUCUGAUUUUGGUUUUGUUAAUUCUUAUAAUAAAGAAAAGAAUGAUUUAAUGAAAACUUCUUGUGGUUCUCCUUGUUAUGCUGCUCCUGAAUUAGUUUUAACUCAAUCUCCUUAUGAAGGUAAAAAAGUUGAUAUUUGGUCUUUAGGGGUUAUACUUUAUGCAAUGUUAUCUGGUUAUCUACCCUUUGAUGAUGAUCCUGAAAAUGAAGAUGGAUCAGAUAUUGUUAAAUUAUAUCAUUAUAUUUGUAAAACUCCUUUAACUUUCCCAGAAUAUGUUAGUCCAUUAGCAAGAGAUUUGUUAAGAAAAAUAAUUGUACCGGAACCAAAGAAAAGAAUUAAUAUUGAUGCAAUUAGAAAUCACCCUUGGUUAAGUCCUUAUGUUAAUUUAUUGUCAAUUAGACAACCUGAAUGGGAUAAAAUUCAUAAAGAAAGUAAAGAUAGAAAUUCAACUCAUCUUUUAUCAAAUAAUAAAAAUAAAAGAUUCUCAAUGAUUAAUGAAAGAACUAAUUCUUCAAGUUUAAUGAUGAAUUCUCAUGCAAGAUCUUAUUCAAGUACAAAUAUUAUUUAUAAUAGUAAUACUUCUGUUCCAACAACUAGCUCAUCUUUUGCUAAUGCUAUCGCUUUACCAGAAAAUGAAUCUCCUAGAUCUCAACAUGUUAAUUCAUCUGCAUCUUCAAUAUCAAAUUCUUCACCUUCUGGUAUUGUACAAAAUAAUAAUAAUGCUAAUUAUAUUCAUAAUCCAAAUAUUAAUAAUAAUAGCAAUAGUACAAUCACCUCAUCUCAUGUUUCAAAUCACUCUCCAACAAAACAACAAAUCUUUAAUAAUUCUGGUUAUGUUCGUGGUCAUGCUAAAUCUGCUUCAAUUUCGAAUACUUAUUCCCCAGCAAGUACUGCUUUGAAAGCAGUGGUAACUGAAAGCAAUAAUAAUAAUAGUACUAAUAAAAGAAGUUCAACCUCUUCUAUUGAUUUAUCAAUGGCUGCAAAUCAUUUACCUACUUAUUUACCAAGAGCUUCAACUUAUACCGGUACUAUUGGUACCAUUGUUGAAAGUCCAACAAAACCUCCAACAUCAAAUACUUCAUCAACAAAUGGUUUCAUUAAUACUAGUGCAAAUAGUAGUAAGAAUGGAUCGUCUAGAGAAUCAAACAGAUUACCUCAUACCAAUAAAAAACCAAGACCAACCUCCUAUCAUCCAUCUUCAAUGUCAUCUGCAUAUGCAAGUGCUGGUACAUCAAAUUCAAAUACCAAUUUAUCAAAUAAGAGUAAUGAUGAUAAUACUAACUUCAUUAAAAUUUCUUCUCCUGCUAAUUUGCCAUAUUCUCAAUUUUUAUCAACUUCACCAACUAAAAAUUCUCCAAUUUCAGAAAAUUCUGGUAAUUUAGAGAGAUCAAGUAAUAGUCCUAAUUCAGGUGUUAAAUCUGAUGUGGCUUCAAGAAGAAAUUCAGUAGUCACUCAUAUUCACGUUAAUGGCGUGUUAACAAGUGAUACGAAUUUAAAUAAUAGUGAGAAUAAAAGAAAUUCUGUCUUGAGUUAUUUAGAAGAUAAAAUGGAUACUUUAGAACUUAGUGAUCUGCAUAGUCCUCAAAAGUCUCAAAAAUUAAAUAACUCAGAUUUGGUAGAUACUUCUGCAAUUGAAACCAAAGUAACCAAUGCAUCAACCCCUCAAAUAAGUCAACCACCUACUUUUGCAGUUCCAACUACUUCUCCAACUGUUAAGGUCAAAGAAAAGGAAUUAGUUGAUUCGAAACCAAUUGAAAAUAAAAAUAAAGACGUACCUAAUGGAAAGGAUAAUGGAAAGUGUAAUGAAGUCACUGAUAAAAAAGAAGAGGCUCCCCAAUUUAACUCUGAGUCCGAAAAAGAUGGCAAAGAUUCAAAUAAGGAAAAUAAAGAUUCAAAGAAGCGUAAUAGAUUCAGCAUUUUAUCUUUCUAUAACACCUAUAACUCAUCAACGUCCAACGUAUCAUCAAACGCUCCCAGCUCUGGAACUCACACUCCGAAUUCAUCGAAAAGAGUUUUGGAGCCUUCAAGCGAGGGAAAUGUUCAAGCAUCGUCUAAUAAAGAUCAAAAAAGAGUUGGAUCAGCAUCUUCUUCCACUUCAAGAAGAUCAACCAGUCAAAACGGAUCAACUGGCUCUUCCUCUGUUAAUGGCAAGGAAGCCAGUGCGGCCCGUAAAGUCAUGGAUUUCUUCAAAAGAAGAAGUAUUAGAAUCGGUUAAUAUUUUCUGAAAGAAACUUCAUCAAAUUGAUUUGGCAUUAAUCUGGAAUUUUGCUAAAUGGUUUUGCUUAACUUUUAAUAUGCUUGUAUAUUAUUCAGGGAUCCUAUAUAUACAUUUACUGUUUUUAUGGUUCAAUUCAUUUUGAUUUCUCUUUUCCUAAUAUCCAUUUUUAUUCCCCCAAAAUCUUAAUUUUUUUAUUUCAUAGUCUCACUAUUCUUUUUACAACCUAUCUCAUAUUCUU